GAUUGCACUAGGUAUUAACACAACUGAUCCUGGUUGUUUGUGCUUCAUCCCCUUGCACUAUCUCCUGGAGCACUCGUGUGGAACCCUGAGGAAGCUCUCUUUCUUCCAUGCUCCCAUCUACGAUCAUACACCCAAACUAUCUCAACUUCAUCGCUUUAAUCUCAUCGAUCACCGCCUCGCACCUCCAUUGCAGUUUGCAGCUGUUUGCAUCACCUCACUUACCUUCGACGUUUGUGUUGGACUCUGUUGCAUACGACCCCCCCUCACGGUGACCUGAUAUCCCCUCGUCUUCCCUCGGUCGCUUUACCCUUCAUAUCUUCUCGGUGCCUUGUGUCCGCCAUGGACGGCGAUGUGGUGGCACAGUUCACUGAGAUCACCGGCUCAAAGCCAGAGCUGGCCACCCAGUAUCUGCAGCUGGCUGAUUUCAACAUCGAGCAGGCUGUACAGCUUUUCUUCGAGAAUGGCGGUGCACCACUGACUGAAGAGCCCUUACCAUCGACCUCCACCCCUCAGCAACCCUCCCAUGCUGGCGGCGGAGUUGUUAAUGUCGACUCAGAUGACGAUAUCACGAUAGACGAGACUCGUUCUGCGCCCCGGAAUCACCCAUCGCAAGGCGCUACCUUUGAAGAUGAUGCGGCCAUGGCUCGCCGUCUCCAAGAAGAAAUGUACGGGGCAGGAGAUAGUGAAGAAAGUGUGCGUGCGCCGAUGGCUCGGACGACGGAGACCCUGGUGGGGCCUGAAGCGGACUUUGACGAUGGCGAUAUGCAUGCGAGCAUAUUGGGCCAACUGCGCGCGCGCCAGCAGCGAAACAACCGUCCCGGAAUCUUCAACCAGAGAGACACAUCGAUAUGGAGUGGGGAUGAUGAAGCCUCACAGCGUGAAAGGCUGGCUGCAGCGACUGGAGGGGCUUCCGAGGCCUCGAACAAGUCGAAUAUGCUGGCCGAGAUGUAUCGCCCUCCGUUUGACAUCAUGUCUAGACUUCCAUGGGAUCUGGCUCGACAGGAAGGCCGCGACAAUGAAAGGUGGCUGAUGGUCAACAUCCAGGACCCUUCUGUCUUUGACUGCCAGGUUCUGAACAGAGACCUCUGGAAGGAUCCUGCGGUGAAAGAUACCGUUAAGGAACAUUUCAUCUUCAUGCAGUACUCCAAAGAUGACCCUCGUGCAGGACCGUACUUGCAAUACUACUUCCAGGCGAGCGACGUCUCUGAUAAUUAUCCUCAUAUUGCCAUUGUUGAUCCACGGACUGGAGAGCAGAUGAAGGUCUGGUCGGGGCCACCCGUAAUCAAGGCCGCGGAUUUCCUAAUGCAGCUUCACGAAUUCCUCGACCGCUACAGUCUGAAGCACAAUGUGCGAAACCCUGUGGCGAAGCGGAAACCGGAGAAGAAAGAGAAAAGCAUCGAUGCAAUGACCGAGGAAGAAAUGUUGGAGAUGGCCAUGAGAAACAGUCUGGGUGACGAGGCGUCACAAGCCCCGAAGGUGGAGGACCCUGAUGACCUCACUCGCAGCACCGAAGAUGUGAAGGGCAAGGGAAGGGCUGUAGAUGAUGAUAUCGACAUGGAAGAGGCCGACCAACCCGAACAUAGCGCAUUCUCAUCAAUCCCGGACGACCGAUUCCAUACGGAGCCCCCCGCAGACCCUGCUACCACCACGCGCAUUCAGUUCCGGCACCCAUCUGGGCGGGUGAUUCGGCGUUUCGCUUUGACGGACCCUGUCCAGCGGAUUUAUGAAUGGCUGAAGGCCGAUCCCCCGUUGGCCGAUAAAGCCGGAGUAGAGUUUGAACUCAAUGCCAUGGGCCGCAAUCUGAUUGACUCGUUGGACCAGACCAUUACCGAUGCUGGACUCAAGAACGGGACGGUCAUGAUAGGAUAUCUGGAGGAGUAGUCAGGGACAUGGCUUGCGGACAUUGGAUGUUGCACAGGAGGUAGAGAUUGGAGGUCCUGGCUGGAAGCCCAAGGGGAGGUCAAGCCCGGGGCCUGUUGCUCUUCUAGCGACUACGAUCGUUGGGGAUGGAUGCCUUCGUUUGACACAAAUGGGCAUUUCUCUGGAAGCAAAGCAUGCGUGCUGGGAAUCAUCCUCCUGUCAUGGACAGUCUGUCAUCCUUGUUCAGCUAAUUACUCUCGGUAUACGAGGAUGCAGGAAGGAAAUUUUAAUGAAUACAUGAAAAAAAAAUGAAAAAAAAAAAAAAGGAAAAG